AUGUUUUUUCUGCAGAUGGAGAAGUAUAAAUUUUUCAGCAAAUCCAUGCCCAUUUUGUCCCAUAACACUAGUGAUCAACUGGAAUUGGACAGAUGUUCAGCUGAACGACUUUCUCUGAACAUCAGCUUGUUCCACAGUAAGGAACUGGAGCAGAACAGCACCCAGACAGCACAUCGCAUGGGCCAACUUGUCAAGUGUCUCAAACAAGCCAUCUAUGAAGCCGAAUGGACCAGUAAAUGCCCGUUGGGCUGGACUCUGCUCAACCAGCGAUGCUAUUUCUUCUCUAUAGAGAGAAAACCCAGAGGGGAAAGUCAUCAGUUCUGUGAGCAGAAGGAUUCCCAGUUGGCAUCUGUCAAGCAGAAGGACACAAUGCUUCAGGGCCUGAUAAAGGGCCAAAAUGCAGUUUAUUGGAUUGGCUUGACACAAAAACGGGAUCCACAUGACCCCUAUGCAGUAAUGCAGUGGUACUGGCCGGACGGGACGAUAGACACAUAUUUGCCCAAUACAGAAGGCCAGUCCUGUGCCAAAAUGGGCUCAUCCUUGAGUGUCCAUCCCUGUGAUUUCCCCCUUCAGUGGAUCUGUGAAAUGGGAACAGCCAAUUCCAAUCUGUUUGAGAGAAUGAAGACUUGUUACAGUUGA